CUGAUUUCUAUGUCGCGCGUUCGGUUGUGUGAUAAUUUUUAUUAUAAAUAAUUUCAAAAGUGAAUAUAUAGUAUUACAUUUUGGAAGUUAUGAUUUAUUAAUUUCAGUGUCUAAGUUGUUUGAUUACCAUAAACUAAUAUUAUACUACCGGAAGAAUUUCGAUAAUGUUUAGUAAGUCAAUUUUAACAUGGCUGAAGAAUUACUUGUUGUUUUGAGAAGACGGGAUCCCUCUUGUGGAUUAGGAUUUUCCUUAUUAGGCACACCUGGAUUACCUCCUGUCAUUUAUGACAUUGUAGAAAAUUCACCGGCAGCAGAAAGUGGGAAGGUGGAAGCAGGAGAUGUAAUCCUGAAAGUUAACGAGACUGAUGUUAACAGACUAAACACGAAAGAAGUUUUAAAAUGCAUAAGACUGUCAGAAGACCCUAUUGCACUCAAACUGAAAAGAGACCCUUUGAUAAAAGCAAGGGUUCGCCACUACUUGUCCACAUCUAACCCCUUUGUGGACCCCCAGCCUCACAACAAUGGAGACUCCUACGCUCCCCCAUCACGACACCCUCUGCCACUGGAAGAUCUCACCAGGAGCAAUGGAGACCCUCUGGAGACAUCACCUCAGCCUCAUCCCAAGUUUGAAGCUUUUGUCAUGACAGGUGAUCGGGUUCUUAAACUUUCAAAGAAUCAGCAAGGCUCGAUACUACCGAAACAACGUAAAGUCGAUAGUUUAAGGCAUCACAAUUAUCACAACCACAACAAUCACCAAAGGCACAACUCGGUGCCGACUAGUCCCAUAGAGUCAGAGCGACACCCCCAUCAGAAGACCUCCUCUGCCGGAACAUCACCCACCCCUAGCGUAGCGGUGUCGUCAGCACCGAUCCCUUGCUCUUCCUACGUUGUUCGAACAUCGAGGUCGGAAGAUCAUUUACAAUUUAACAAGGACUCGUCAAUGUCCGCUGUAUCUAUCGACAUCGAUGACGAUGUAACGUCAUCUUUGAACACACUUCUAGACACGAGACCCGACAGUGAGGCAGAGGACCAGAGAGUUGUGUGGACAUACAACGCCCCUAUGACUGACUCCUCCACCCCCACCUCGGGCACUGCCACCUCCGACAACGUAUCACCUCACAGAUCUCUCUCCCCCCAGUCUCCGACAUCCGUAUCGUCGUCUGUUAUGUCAUCGGACUCGGGUGAACGGAAACCGUUGAACACUAACCUCGCCCCUACAGACUUAUCUCAGUCAGAAGCCAUCUCGAAUAUUUCCUCCCCCGACUUCCAGGAUGAAGAUGUCGAGAUCCUCAAUGCGAGGGACUUAGUAAUGGAAGUCAGUGAUCCGAGUGAUAGUGACUCUACUUUAUUAUUAAGUGAAACCACGGCAAAGGUUCGCAGGACGAGUAAUUCUCACAACGGGCAUCACAUAAACAACAGUAUUCAUCCAUCUUCUAAAAACGAUCAAAACAUGCAGGGUGAUCACAGAAUUGUAAUACAGGUGAAGGGGCCAGAGAAGGAUGGCGGAAGGAGCCAAAGUCCCAGAAACCACAACAGUAGGAUACCUCCAGCUGAGCGCAUGAACACUCGGCCUUGUAUCAGGGAGGCAGAGCUGUACCAGCCUGACUCUCUCGAACACUCUGGAUACCAGACACUGAGUGAUGUUGAUGAGGAGAGGCUGAUGCAGCUGACGGAGAGUGCUGCCAACCUGGCCAAGGCUGUUUCACCACCUUUGGAGGACGAGAGUGACAUAGAAUCUCUACACAGUUUUCACUACAGUCCCAAGGCUGUGGACUUGCCUUCAGCUGAGCGCCUGGCUAAACGCCUCUUUACGCUCGAUGGCUUUAAAAAAUCUGAUGUUUCCAGGCAUCUUAGUAAAAACAACGACUUCAGCAGAGCAGUUGCAGAGGAGUAUUUAAAAUACUUCAAUUUUGAGGGAGACUCACUUGACGUGGCUUUACGCAAGUUUCUGAAGCAGUUCAGUCUUGCUGGAGAAACUCAGGAGAGAGAAAGGGUUCUUGUGCACUUCUCCAAGAGGUAUUUGGACUGCAACCCUGGCGGCUUUAACUCUCAAGAUGCGGUUCACACCCUGACUUGUGCUAUCAUGCUGCUCAACACAGACUUGCAUGGCCAGAUCAUCGGCCGCAAGAUGACAUGUACAGAGUUUAUAGAGAACUUGUCAGAGCUCAACGACGGCGAGAACUUCCCCCGUGAUGUACUCAAGAGUCUCUACCAGGCAAUCAAGAACUACCCCCUGGAAUGGGCCCUGGAUGAAGAUGGAGACGAUGCAGGGUCAGUCAAGGCUGCGGUUGGGGUUGGGGAGAGGGGGGAGAUGCCUGGAGGACUAGUAGUGGGGGGAAGCGGGGCUGUCGUCGCCACCAACAAAGGCUUCUUUGACGUGCCAUCUACACAACCAGCCAUUGAAUACAAGAAGGGGUACGUCAUGCGUAAAAGUUGCAUCGAGCCCAACGGCAAAAAGACACCGUUGGGUAAGCGAGGGUGGAAGAUGUUCUACUGCACAUUGCGGGACCUGGUGUUGUACUUACACAAAGACGAGCAUGGGUUCCGCAAGUCUCAACUAAGUGACAACCUUCACAACGCCAUCAGAAUACAUCACUCACUGGCUACUAAGGCUACAGACUACACCAAGAAACAACAUGUGUUUAGGUUGGAGACUGCCGACCAGGCUGAGUAUCUGUUCCAGACCAGUGAUUCAAAGGAGCUACAGUCAUGGAUAGACACCAUCAACUUUGUCUGUGCCAGCUUCUCAGCCCAGCCACUACCAGGAGCUGUUGGGUCUCAGAAGAAGUUCCAGCGGCCCCUCCUGCCUUGCAGCCAUACCAAACUCAAUCUGAGGGAGCAACUGCAGGCUCAUGAGGAGAUGGUCGCCAGCCUAGAGUCAGACUUAGAGCAACAUCGCAGACAUGUGCCUGAGAGAGGGGCCAAGGGACUGACCAUCCAGAACUACAAGGAGAAGGAUGCCUACCUCCACCACGAGCUGAAACGCUACAAGACAUACGCUUACCUACUCAAGUCACGGAUCUCGCAGUUUCCUGAGAUGGAGGGGUCCCUGGUAGAGGCCAGCAUUGGUGAGGUGACUGAUGAGGACGACACCCAGAGUCCCACCAACAACAGGACGAGCGUAAAGCCUGGGACCAAAGCAUGAUGUGUUCCUAGUUCUAUUGAGUGUUCUGCUGAAUUUCCUGCUAAGCAUUAUUAGUCAUCUUGUUAGUGCAUUAUUAGUCAUCUAGUUGUUAGAUGUAAUAUUUGUGCAAUAUACAUUUUUUGUUUUA